AGAGAGAGAGCGAGCGAGCGAGAGAGAGAGAGAGAGAGAAAGAGAAAGAGAGAAAGAGUCAGAAAGAGAGAUGGAGAAUGAGGGAUCAGGUGCGGGAGGGUGCAGCGCUGGAUCGAUCGUUUGGGUUCGGAGGAGAAACGGGUCGUGGUGGCCCGGGAAGAUACUUGGACCCGAAGAGCUCGACACUUCGCAUCUCACCUCCCCUCGCUCUGGGACUCCCGUCAAGCUCCUCGGAAGGGAGGAUGCCAGCGUGGAUUGGUACAAUUUAGAGAAAUCCAAGCGUGUGAAGGCAUUUAGGUGUGGUGAGUUUGAUGAUUGUAUUGAAAAAGCUGAAUCCUCACAGGGCAUGCCGAUAAAGAAAAGAGAGAAAUAUGCACGUCGAGAAGAUGCUAUUCUUCAUGCUCUUGAACUUGAGAAGCAAAUGUUAGAAAAACAAGGAAAAUUAGGCAUAGAAUCUGACCGCAUGAACAGUAAAUCAUCUGGUGGUAUGAAAAAGGGGUUUGUUGCUUCUUCCGAAAAUUUUGGGGAUGAUAAUGGAAAACUUGAAAAUUCCAAUUCACAUCAGUUUCCUAGCGGGCUUGAAACAUAUCAUAAGGACAAGACUAUAUUUGGUCCUAUUUCUUCAAGGAAAGCCAAAGAUGGAAAUCAACUCAGUGGUGAUGAUGAUCAUUCUGAAAUCAUUCCUCGGAUGAGAGGCUUGCAGGAUUUUGGCCUGAGGAUUGCCCCUCCCAAGCGGAGGCUUUCACCUUCUGCUGCUUCCAAUGGUUCUCGGAAACCUACAACUGAUAAUCAUGCUGAUGCGCUUCCUAGUGGUGGUGAUCUUAGCAUGGGAAAUGCAAGUCAUGCAAAUGGUAAAAAUCCUUUUGACAAAAGGAAAAGAUCAAAUGAGGGGUUGACUGAGGAAUUUUUUCUCAGGACACGUGAUAAGAGCCGACCUCUUAUUCAAGUUUUGCAUAGUGCAAAAUUAGGAGUCCCUCAUACCUUGCAACCUGACUGUGGUACUGUUUCUACUUCUAUUUCAGGAGUGGAGCAGAUGGGAGUUGCUUUCCGAGCAAAGAGGAGCAGAUGUGUGUACCUGGAAACAGAGCAUAGUGGUUCUUUGGAUUACUUGGAUUACAAUGAAACUUCUCCAAACCAGAAUGAGAUGUCUGCUUCCCAGUUUGGGGUGGGUAACUAUCAUACUCAUCCUGGUUCUUUGAUUGAAGAGCACUCCUCUGGUUUUACAGAAGAUGUUGAAACUGAUUCUUCUGAAACUGAUUCUUCCGAGUCUGAGUCUGAUUCUUCUGCAACUGAACCAGAUAUGGAUGAAGAAAUGGCUAUGCUAUCAGAAGCAGAAUGGAAUACUCGGGGAAGCAUUAGCACUGAGGAGCACGAUGAGUCAGCAUUUUCUGGAGACAUGUCUCACCUUUAUCACCAUGACCAUGUUUCUGCUAAUGAAGCUGUGUCCAAAUGGAAAUUGAAAGGCAAAAGGAAUACUCGAAAUCUUACAAAAAGGUCUGCGGAUACAAGUGAUGGAAAAGGUUCCAUUCAUGGAACAUAUCCUGAAGAGAGGGGAAGUGGUUUGAGCCAACGGACAUUGAGGCAGCAUUUGAGUCUCCGUAGAGAUGAAGAUUUUGAUUAUAGUGUUGAUGAGGAUGAUAUAAUUGAAAAGGAUUUUGGGACUCAGAGGGUUAAAGUGGAUGGUAGAGACUCCUUGGUAUCAAGAGCUGCAUCCAGGGGUCGACAUAGUGUUGAUCAUAAUAUAUUUGAUUGGGACUACACAUGGGAGGAUCAGCCUGCUUUUAAAGGAUAUUGGGGCAUGAAAGGGGAGCGUUUUGAUGCAUAUUUUGAUGACAACCGUCAAUUUGGUGGGAGGUCAAGAUCCAUGUUAGUAAAUGUGGAUUUGAAGGUCCAAGGAGGCUAUCAAAAAGCGCCCGUGCCUAUUGUUUCUCUGAUGAGCAAGCUAAAUGGGAAGGCAAUUAUAGGGCACCCAAUUCAAAUUGAAGCCCUAGAAGAUGGUUCAGCUGAAACACUUCUUUCUACAGUUGAUGAUUUUGACAAUGAAGUGUUUAACAAUGAAAAUACGGCACUUCAGCCAGCUUGGAGGACUGCAAGGAGGACAGCAAAUGUUCGGGUUCCACGGCCUCAUCUAUCAUCAGCAUUGGAUGGUGAUGAAGCUCCCAAUGAUGUUCCUUUUUUAGAUCAAGAAAGGAAAGUGCCAUUCAAGAAAUUAAAUGCAGGCAGUUCUAGUCAUAAGUCAAUCCUGGAGAGGAGUAGCCUCCCUCACAUUCCUCGGCCUCCAACUGAAAAGAAGGUUUUGAAAAAGCAGCCAAAAAAAGGAAGUUUGUCAGCUAGUCAGAAGACUAGAACUCUGUCUUCAAUAGCUACUGAACAGAAUGUUAGUAUCAAGCCAAUAAAUGAUAGCAACAGUUAUCAAGUUGAUAGGCUGAUAAAGGCAGAGUCAUCUGGGCCCACUACAGUAGCUUGCAUACCUGUUAAAUUAGUAUUUAGUAGGUUACUUGAGAAGAUAAAUAGGCCGCCAUCAAAAGCAGCUAGUAAUGCGGUUUUGUUGAAUAGUGAUGUGGUGAGAAAUCAGUCAUAGAUUACAUGUACAUUUUCAUAUGGGAACAAUAAUCAUAUACUCCUAGCAGCCUAGCACAAUAGAUGUUGCUAAUUUCUUCUUUCCGAGGACGCAACUCCAACACCAACUCUAUUGAUUGUCAGCAUUGUGAAGGGGAAGAUUUGCUGCCUUUUUUGAAUAAUGAGAUGAAGCAAGAGGAAGAGACCAUAGAUAGUUAAUAUAAAAGCCAGUAACGGCACAUUUGUUGGAUAUGAGUUUCUGAGGAAUUGGAGAAAGAAAGUUCACAUUAGCCAGAAACAAGGUAAUUAUAACUUAUAUGGAUAUAAGUAGGUACUUAGAAAUUUACAUUGAUGAAUGUAUAAUUUAUUUCCGUUCUAGUUAAUGUAUCUACAAGUUUUUUGCUAAUUUAAAAACAAAAAAUAGAAAACCUUGAAUAGUGGGAAUCAACUUAGAUACGUCAUACAUCCUGAAUCUGUAAUUCUGUUGAACAAAUUUCAUUUCAGUGAGAGAGAAGGUCCACUGUUUGGAUUCACUCAUGUAAAAUAGAUACUUAGAAUUCUUAGUUUGUCUGCAACUGCAAGACUUAGAAAUGCAUAUGGGAAUUAUACAGAACUUGAAAGAACCUGUAAUGGGGCUGAAAAGAUUUAUUUGUGUAUAGAUAGAUAUA